AGCUUACCGGGCGAUGCCACCAUUUCUUAAGACCGAGUCAGGUCGACUAACAGUGAAAGUUGCAGCUGCAAAAACUGUCAUCAUCCACUUAUUAAGCUGACAAAUACAGUCUAUCAUACCUAUGAUCAACUGAUUGAAGCAAACUCAGGCUUUAAUUAGCCCAAUUCGAGGCACAGGCUGUUGAACAGGCCGUUUUGCCUCCAAAAAGAGUUUACUUCUAAAGUUUUGAUAUGGCGCAGGAACUUGACGCGGCUCGACAACAGAGAAAAAUUGGUGUAGAAUGGUGCAUGCGGGAUGGUGGCCGAAUAGGCUGGUCCGCCGUGCUGUCUCUAUGGACAACCUGGUUUGUCUGGGACAGCUUGAUUAAAUGUCUGGCAGUCAUGUUACCUACUCUCACAGUACAGCUUCAAACGCCAACCUGGAUGCUCGGAGGGAUAAUCGCAAUAGUAGACGGCAUUGCCGAAGGCUCAGGAACUCUGGUGUUUCCUUUGUCUAAAUGCAUGGGAACUGGUUGUAUCAUUGUGGUUUGUGGGAUCGCAGUAGGCGGUGGGAUCAUAGCUGCUUCCUUCGUGACCAGUGCAAUCCAGCUGGCUAUUAUAUUAACGACGACUGCUGGUUUUGGUAUAGGUGUUUCCGGCAUUUUGGCACGGCAUAUCAUCGGAACAAGUUUCAGUAAGCAAUACGUGAUGGCCAGCGGAUGGGCACAGACCGGUGACUCUGUUGCUUACAUUGUCAUGCCGCCAUUCACUCAUCUGUGUCUUAUCACCUACGGAUGGAGAGGCAAUCUGCUCAUCGUAGGAGCUAUCUGUAUGCACCUUGCCGUGUGCGGCGCCCUUUUGAAAAGAUACAAGGAACCUCGAAGAAAAGACGAAACAUCGCCACUAUUACCUCCUGCAAGAAAUCCUUCAGAUUGCGAAAUGAGUAGCGAACGGAGACCGACAUGCGAAAACAAACACAUCGCCUCAAACAGAGAGCUGUUUACUAAUCCCUUCUAUUGGAUAACAUUGCUGAUAUCCUCAGGUACGCAUCUUACCUCAGGUAUGUGGCGCAUAUAUUUCGUGCCCCAUGCUAUUGCCAAAGGUGUGGCCUCACACGAUGCUGCUUUGUUCGUUACGAUUGCUGGCGUGGUAACCUUGAUUCUUAAAAUCGUUCACGGUCCUUUGGUGGAUGGAGGUUACGUGAGCUGUCGAGUGUUAAUGGGCAUCGCAGCGUUCAUCCCAACCGCAGGACUGAUCAUCGACCCGUGGAUGAAUUCAAACUGGCAAAUAAUAUGCUGCGGUAUCAUGGUUCUCCCUUUCGUUGGUGUUUCCUUUAACCUAACUGAUGUCAUAACGAAGGAGUUGCUCGGUAAAGAUCAACUGGUCAAUGCUUUUGGCUGGCUCGGAUUGAAAGCAGCAUUACUACGAAUUAUAGUAGGAUUCAUCCCAGGUUGGAUCUACGACCAGACAGGUAGCUACGAUGCUGCAUUCGUCAUGAUAGGCUUCCUAGAGUCGCUUAGUCUGAUUGGUCUUAUUGUCCUGAUGUACGUGACCCGUUCCACUAAGAAGGACAACCCAGUUUGACCUCCGUUAGAAGACGUAUGUGCUUUUGGUACAUAUGGGCUGGUGAACAUUGGUUAUUGUAUCCAUAUAUACAUGUAACUGAUGUGCUUGGUAUUAUGGAAUGUUUUAAAUUUACUUUACUUACUUUUAUGGACGACAGGCCAGUCAGUCGGUUAGUUGGUUUGUUGGUCGCCCAAAUUGCUGGUCGGUUUGUUGGUCGGUCGUUUGGUUGGUUGUAGUAUUUGGCUGUGAGUGUUUUCUAGUUGUGGUGGUCGGUCUGUCUGUAUCUGUUUUUAGUUUCUGUUUUUUUAUGUAAUUUUGUUUUUAAUUAUAUUGUAUAUCUUUAAAGCUUUUAACUUGGAGGAUAGUUUUUAACAUUUUAUUGUACUGCGCCUAUGAGCAAUUUUGAUUUGGCUAUGGCGCUUUAUAAAUAUUGUUGUUAUUAUUAUUGUUGUUAUUAUUAAUAUUAAAUGUUUGUAGCCUGCUAGACGACUCAGCAGAACGAACCUUAAGCGCCUUGUAUAGACACGCCAGUGCACCCAGCUGACUACAGCUAGGGUCAGCUGGCUGCAAGUUUGACUGUUUUCUAAACUUAUCUCUAGUGUUUUCAUUUUCCAAGACGUAGGCCUAAUGACGUUACGUUUUGUUUACACAGGUGUGCUUGACAUAAUUGCCAUGUGAAGACGAGUCCCAACCUGGCUCCUAUCAUGAAGGGUGGAAUAAAGCACGUAUGUGCGAGACCUAAAUGUAGUACGGACCUAAAUGCAAAUUGUACACUGAGCCCUAAAUGUAGACUACAUGCCAAAGGUAGUAAUAAUAGUUAUAAUACCUAAGUCUUAUAUAGAGCACGUCUCUACCAACAAUUAGGUACUCAAUUAUGAAAUAAUGUCUAUUAUUAGAGACAUGUAAAUGAAGUACAAGAGAAAUAUGAGAACCAUUAUGUAGCACCUAUAUAAUGGUUUACAAGGUGCUGCGGCGCAUAUUGCAGCCACUGCCAGAAACACCGGGGCAAACUUGCCCCUUCUAUUAGCGAUGAGUGUUACUGGGUUCUUCAACGUGCAUUACAGUACAAGGGACCUACGGCUUUACGUCCCAUCCGAAGGACGGAGCAAUAAUGGUAAAGUGCCAUGCUCAAGAUCACAAGCGCCAUGUUCUCACGGUCAGGAUUCGAACCCAUGUCCCAACCUGGCUCCUAUCAUGGAGGGUGGAAUAAAGCACACAUGUGCGAGACAUAAUGUACAUGUAUAUUAGGACACCGUAACCAUUGGACCACAGCACCCCACAUUGUAUCCAUAUAUACGUGUAACUGGUGUGCUUGGUAUUUUGGAAUGUUUUAUACAGCCAAUAUACAUCUACGUUAUAGAUUUAAAUGAAUUUUAAGUUAUGUCUUGAAAAUACCAGUGUCCCGUUUUGCUUUGCCGGGAGCAUAUUUGUUUCGGGUUAUCUUCUGUAUUACAGGGAAUACACACUAAGGAAGUCCAUUCAGACGAUUUAUGGGAACAAAGCGCGGGCUACAUUUAGGGUCAUGGCCAUAAACAUUAAGAAGAGUUUUGGAGCUACAUAAAUUUUGUAAGUCUGGCCCACAUUGAGAUUUCGGGAUACUUUUAGGUAUAUACCGUGAGGACAGUAAGUUUUAGGUUUGUAACCAAUCCAACCACCACAUUGAUGCGGUACAGUGGUGUUCAGUUAGUCGAUUAAUACCUGGUUUUGCUUGUAGGCCCAACUGUCGUCUUAAUAUUCAUACAGACAAUGAAUGUUUAUGACUGCAAUGGAAACGAUAAACCAGAGGGUAACAGAUGAAGUGGAACAUCUCAUUGAUCACCACAUAAAAUAAAUCUGUCCAUGUAUGCUCGAAUGUGAAAAUAUUAUUAGUGUUAUAGAAACAGCCUUGAUAAAUCCUCGGCUUUCCUCGUCAUCUAAUAGCAAAUAGUGUGACCAUGAAAUUAGCGAAAAUAAAUUGAAAAAAAAAGUAUUGUUGUAGCGGCAGCGCUUGCACGCGGGGUUGGGGGACGGGGUCUGGACCACCGAAGGGUGGAGAAAUGAACCUCCGGUAAGAACCUCCGGGAUGGAAUUGCUUCUCUUCAAUCAUCAAGGUAGCAAACAGGCAAACAAAUAAACACAUCGGACACCACGGCUACACUUAAAUUAGGAAUGCAAAAACAGACACACAAAUUCCUAUCCCAUAUAAAAUCAGUGACAGAUAAAUAUAUGAAAAUGCAACCAACUGUCUUCGAGAACCAACCUUGAUAAGUCAGGAAAACCCUGAAUAAAUGCAUCUGCCUAAUCAUGAAAAUAUAUUGUAACGGGCGCGAAAUUACUAGUUCAAGUACUAAAUGACUAGAGACUAAACAAGAAUUCUGACUGGAGAGAUCGUAUUGUUCUUCAAAUAAUAUUAACGGUUUUAUUGUCUUCCAAUACUGUUAGCACACCGUGCCCGAUGCGUAUAAUCUAAUGUCUAUGUGGAUAACGAUGAGGCGGAGCGCCAAUGUGCAUUGCAAUCGAACGUUGAGUACGACGCGCUCCUUCUUCUAUGUGAACUUCCUCACCGGGCCAGAACCAGUCACGAUCUGAACACCGAGCCCUGACUGGGCUCGUUUUUUAUAGCGUUUGGGCGCGUACAUAACGCAAGGAGCUAGCGCAUCAUAACAAAAUGUCUCUUGCAAUGCUCUGAUUGGCCAUAAACCACUGCGCCAAAUAUUAUUCUUAUUCAUAAUAAUCAUAGCGUCUUGACCUAUAAAGCUUCGAUGAAUUAAACUUGUACAAGUCAUUUCAUUUAACAGUUAUUCUACCAUUAGUUUAUCAUAGGCUCUAUUAUCAGUACACAGUCAACUGUAUUGGCAUUAAUUCUUCUCAUUGAAAUAUAAGUUGUUAACUUUAAACUUAUCUUCUUAUCUUCCGUAAGUCCUAUCAAUUAAGUUUAUGAAAGGAACCUGUAUUUUAUCAGAGUGAAGAAUAAAGUGUGCUUACUGGAAUUUAA